UCAUUCAACAAAGCUGAACUUUUUUAUGUUGUGUUUUAAAUUUUUGUUUCAUCUCAACUGCGUGUAUUUAUGGAAAAUUUAGAGUUGCUUACUGACGAUCAACUUCGUAUACGUCUUCAUCAAUAUGGAUUUGCUAAUAUGCCUGUUACCGAUACAACUCGUAGAGUUCUUGUCAAAAAAUUACGAAAUGCAAUCGAAGGACAAGCUUCAAAAGGUCGCCGGGAAACGGUAGCAGUUUCCAAAUUCAGCAGCGACGAAGAACCAGAAACAACAAAUAAAGGAGGUAAGCGUGAAAAGACUCCAAAUCGUCGUGCUACAAUCGCUGUAACCGAAAAAGCGAAGAAAUCAGCAGCAAAUGGAGCAUCAGCAAGUGGAGCAACUUCACGAGCUGACACGCCCAAUAAAGCAACAUCAAGAAAAUCUUCACGACCAACUCCUGUGAGAAAUCCUAUACCCUCAUCAACAGUAAUUGAAGACUCCGAUGAAGAUAUAAUUGAAGUUCCAGUAAAGAGAACUUCACGUUCUCGCACGCCAACUUUGGCUAAAGCCGAAACUGUUCGGACAUCUUACAUCACAACAAAUAAAGAUAUAAUUGAAGAACAACAAAGUACUGAAGACUCAAGCAAUAUUGAAGAUGGCUAUGAUGAAGUUCCAGUACCAAGAAAGCCUUCACCAAUUGUACAACGCAAAACUUUUUCAACUUCAACUUCGAGUUUCACAAAAAAAGAAACAGCGCCGUUGCAGUUUGGAAAAACAUCAAUUACAACUUCUUUUAAUCCUCGAGGAACAUACAGCUAUGCUGAUAAGAAGGUUUAUCGAGAUGAAGAUGAUGACGAUGAUGUUAUUGAUGAGACAAAUGCACCAUACUUGUCUAACUUUGCUAAACGAUUGAGCACAUUAAGAGCUGAGCCAUUAGACGCAGGAAUGGAGAAGUACAAAAAAAAUCGUGAAACUCCUCCUCCUGUCACUUCUUAUACGACAACAACAUACAGAACAUCAAGAGAUAACUACUCUUAUCCAACAAAGGCAGUUGCUGGCAGCAAAAAAGGAUUUUGGUGGAACAUGGGACAACUCUUCGAUUCAUGGGAUCGCAAAUACAAUUUCCGCCGAACACUUUACACAAUCUUAAUCGUCAUGAUUAUCGUGGCUCUUUACGUUAUUUUCUUUCAAUAA